UGAGGGAGCGCGAACAACAACAAGCGGACGUCCGAACGCCUUCUCCUCCUUUUACGUUCUAUUAUGCAAGCGAAAAUUGUGUGAAAAUUGUUGCAAAUUGGAAUAAUUUUUGGAUUUGAUGUGAAACCAUUUGAGCAUAUAGCAAAAGCUAUUCGAGAAUGUACCGUUUGCUGGGUCUAAAUCGGGGCAAGGCCCUGAAUAAGGUGCUACAAUUGCCGCCCCCUACAACAACAAUGUGCUGCGGCUGCGGCGGCAGAAGUUCCAAUUCGUCGCAGAAUUUUAUCCACUAUCAGCAGUAUUAUCAAAUGCUUUACCGGCUUAAACCGGCAAUUACAGAAAUAACAACGACAAGGGGACAGUCAACAACUACGACCCAGACAGAUGCCUUGGCUUUGGCAAACAAGAAGAAACGUCUGCGUAAGCCGCGCUAUGCCAAAUAUGUGGAAUUUCUCGAAGUUACCGAAAUGACUGCCAGUGAACGUAAAUCUCGAGUCAAACGUCUCAAAUCCAAGAAGUUGGCCGAAUUCAUACAAAAAACUCAAUUGCAAAUACUAGAAAAGCGGGCCAAAGAAGAACGUCGUGGUAAAAAAGAAGGCAGCAAAUUGGAAGAUUUGUCCCAGCGUCAACCUGUUGAAUAUCAGAAAAUUGAUAUGGAAGCAUUGGAUGGCUGCUCUGUAUUGGAAACGGGCAUCUAUGAUGAUCGUCCUAUGUUGUUUUUUGGCAAGGAUGAGUACACUAAGCAGGUUAUAUCAAAUCCCGAGGAAGUGCAGCAGAUCCUAAAGAGUUUUCACAAUUUUCGCGAUAUCAUCGAGGGCAUGGAAAGUGAAAGGCAAGAAUGUGCAGAAACAGAUAUUGGUUUGGCUACACCGAAGCUGACAGAGGACUUGCUGGAUCCGUUUGAGACUAUAGAACCGUAUAUUAAUCCAUUGGAUAGGUCAAAACCAGCGAGUGUUACAACUGUAAUGACACCAAGCACUGAUAGCUCCGCUGUUACUUCCAAAUCGAAGAAAAGAUUCAAAUCGAACGUCCAUGCCAAUGCAGAACAGGAGCGUCUGGCCAAGCAAAAGGCCUUACACAUCAAUCUGACAACUUACCUGAAUGUCUGUGUUUCAGCCAAUAUGCUUAAUCGUGCUCUCUCCACCAUCGUUGUGUAUCGAAAUCGUUCCAAAAAGGGAAUGAAUAACCAAAAUCACUCGAAUCUGAUAACUAUUGAACUUUAUAACAUCCUUCUACAUGGUUAUGCCGGCAAAGGAUCUUUCGAUCGUUGUCAAGAUUUAUUCAAUUAUAUCUCUGAAGAUGAUUUAAAGUUCAAUGAGCAGACAUAUGCAGCCAUUUUUGAGUGCUUGGGUCGUCUAGAAUCGGAUGAUGAGAAUAUAAAAAGCAUUGAGAAAUAUAUCAAAAAGGCACAGGAUCAGGGUUUCAGUCUUGAUCAAAUUAUGGAUCGUUCAAAGUUUGUGUCAGAUCAACGAGAUAUAGCCCUAGAUGCUAUUCAACGUGUACGACCAGAAUAUAAACCAGUCUAUGUACCGCCAGUCUUGGGAUAUGACAACGAGUUGCUCAACCAUCUUAAUGAGUCUACACUCAAGGGAGAAAACAAGCCGGAUUAUGCUAUAAUGAAUCCCAAAUCCGGCUAUACCAAAGAUCAGUUAGAGCAAUUGGCCAGAGAGCAGCUGAAAGUGGAAUUAGACGGAUGCAUAACUAUUAAAUCCAUUGAAAAGUCCAAGGAAUUUGCCAAUGCUGAGAAAUGUCGUGAACGGCUGAAAGAGUUGGAGCAGAAUUGGCGCAAACAGAUUUCGGUGGCCAUUGUGAGAGAUAUGAACACGUUGCGGGCUCAAGUGCGUUUCAAGCCGCAUGGUUACAUGAACUAUUACACGUAUCUUAAGGUGCUGGAUACAUCACACUAUACUGACAUUGUCAUCAAGGAGUUGUACAAACUGGCCGAAGGUUCCGAAACAUUCAGUCCCACUGUGGGCCAAUUGUAUAAGGAAUUGGGCCAGAAAGUCCAGCGACGCUAUCAGAUCGAGCAGAAAAAGCAUAAUGGCACAUUGGAGAAAAUUGGCGAUAUAUAUAGUUCGUAUUGUGAUAUCUGGGACAGUGGUCGGACGCAGGAUAAUACCCGGCAGAUAUGGCAACGUCUGGUGCAUGAUCAAAGAGAGAUUGGUGGUCCUAGCAUGGACUUACCCGAAAUUCCUUGGCCCUCAAAUGUCCUGACUGGCGUGGGGCGAUUCCUCUACAAUAUUCUGAUGCGUGACAUAAAGAUUGACUCGCAUAUAAUGCGACAAAAUAAUCGUCAGUCGACGCAGAAUCUAAUGCCCGCCUUCUACACACUUUUCCGUAAUCAAGGACGUCUUGUUAAAGAGGAAGUUAAACCGCAUCCUGUCUUAUCCAGAUUACUUCGUGCCUCGCGGCAGCAAACUCUCACUUUCGAUUCAAAUCUAGUGCCUAUGUUGUGCCCGCCUCAACCGUGGAGUACACCACAUAAUGGUGGAUAUUUGCUGAAUAAAUCCGAGCUGAUUCGUUUGCCACAUCAGGCCGUACAGCAAUGGGAACGCAUUAAUGCAACCAAUCCGGAACAAAUCUAUCCCGCCCUCGAUUCCCUCAAUCAGCUGGCCAGUGUACCGUGGCGAGUUAAUACCCAGUUGCUGGACGUCAUCAUUGAAGUAUUCCAAAAUGGAGGCGAUGCCAAAUUGGAUGUACCCCAACCACCCAGUGCUUUGCCACCUCUGCCCGCUAAUCAAGCCAUCGAUACGAAAGACAUUUCCAAUGCCGAUCGAGCUAAACAGUUUCGGGACAAACUCGGACAUCGGAGGAAGCAGGCCGAAAUGUAUAGUUUGUGGUGUGAUGCCCUCUAUCGUUUGUCCUUGGCCCAACAUUACCGGGAUAAAGUGUUUUGGUUGCCACAUAACAUGGAUUUCCGAGGACGUGUCUACCCUGUGCCACCUCACUUGAAUCACCUGGGAUCCGAUUUGGCCCGUUCCAUACUCAUUUUCGAUCAGGCUCAGCCAUUGGGACUGGAUGGUUUCAGUUGGUUGAAGCUCCAUUGCAUCAAUUUGACUGGCAUGAAGAAGCGGGAUUCAGUGCGCGAGCGUUUACUUUAUGCGGAAGAGAUUAUGCCAGAGAUUCUAGAUUCGGCUGAUAAUCCACUGACUGGUAACAUGUGGUGGUCCAAAUCGGAUGAACCGUGGCAAACUUUAGCUUGUUGCAUGGAAAUAGCCAAGGUUCAACGCUCGCCGGAUCCAGCGGCAUAUCUUAGUCGUUUCCCCAUACAUCAGGAUGGCUCCUGUAAUGGCUUGCAACAUUAUGCGGCUCUGGGACGGGAUCAAGCGGGAGCGUGCAGCGUAAAUUUGGCUCCUUCGCCAUUGCCCCAAGAUGUUUACAGUGCUGUGGCUGCUUUAGUCGAACGCACACGCAAAUCGGAUGCUGUAAAUGGUCUCCAUGUGGCUCAGGCUCUGGAGGGUUUCGUUAGACGCAAGGUUAUCAAGCAAACUGUGAUGACCACUGUGUAUGGAGUGACACGUUAUGGAGCCCGUUUGCAAAUUGCUCGUCAACUCAAGGACAUUGAUGAAUUUCCCAAAGACUGGGUUUGGCCUGCUUCCACUUAUCUCACAACCAAGACGUUUGAGAGUCUACGUGAAAUGUUUACCUCGACAAGGGAGAUUCAAGACUGGUUUACAGAAUGCGCUCGCCUCAUCUCAGGGGUUUGUGGCCAAAAUGUGGAAUGGAUCACGCCCCUUGGUCUUCCAGUAGUGCAGCCAUACAGUCGCCAGGACGUCAAGCACACGGCUCGCAGUGGACUUCGGGUUAAUGCCAACAUGCCCAUGGAUAUGUAUGAGCGUCCCAAUAUACUUAAGCAAAAGAAUGCCUUUCCGCCCAACUUUAUCCAUUCGCUGGACUCCUCGCAUAUGAUGCUAACCUCGCUGCAUUGUGAACGUCAGGGUAUUACCUUUGUGUCUGUUCACGAUUGCUUCUGGACACAUGCCUGCACAGUACCUGAAUUGAAUCGCCACUGUCGCGAGCAGUUUGUGGCCCUUCAUUCACAGCCCAUUCUGGAGCAGUUGUCCGAAUACAUGCGUCAACUAUACAGUUUUAAGACUAGCGACUUUACGAAUGAUGGUUCUGUGGAGGAUCUGUCUAAGCGUCAGCUAAAUCGCACACUCAAGCAACUGCCACAGAAAGGGGAUUUUGAUCUGGAAAACGUUCUUGAGUCGGUCUACUUUUUCAGCUAGAAAUAACAAUCGGUGUGCCUAAUUCUAAUUUAGUUGACUAAUUUUUAAGCAUUAUUUCUGUUAAAUUCGUUUUCAAAAAAUUCAAUUUAAAAACCAAAAACCCUAAGAAACCAGAUACAAAUCUACAAUGUGAUUUUGUAAGAGUUUAUGUGAAAAAACUUGAUGAAUAAAAAGGCUAUUUAUUUGAUAUACAAUAAAAAACUUAAAUUUGAAUUUAAA